AUGGUUUCCGAAGUUAUCAGAAUAUGUAGUCUUCUUUCCUUUUUAACUAGUGCGAUAUCAUUUAUUACUUCAUUUAUUGCACUUUUCCCUCAAAUUAUACAAACUUACAAAGAUAAAACUGUUGAAGCUAUAUCACCAUAUUUUUUAACGUCAUGGUUGAUUGGUGAUGUCAUGUCAUUAGUAGGUGCUAUACUUACGAAUCAAUUAUAUUUCCAAAUUGUAUUAGCAGUUUAUUUUUUAGUUAAUGAUUUGGUUUUAUGUGGUCAAUAUUAUUAUUAUGGGAUAUUAUACAAGAAUAAGUUGAGUCGAUUUUCUAAUGCUCGUUACAAACCUUUGGACGAUGUGUCUGUCGCUGCCACUAGUGUGUUGACUUUUGCUAGUCAAAUUGGUAAAGUCAAUGCUCAACCAAUACGGAGAGAGUCAAGUCCUACUAAUGUAUGGAUGAAUGAACAAACGAUAGGUUUAAUACUGUCCUGGUUAGGAGCUGUAUUCUAUGUUGGGUCAAGGUUGCCACAACUACUCAAGAAUUACAAGAGAAAAUCGACAGAUGGAAUAUCUCCAUCUUUAUUUUGGAUGACUUUUACUAGUAAUGUUACUUAUAAUAUUAGUAUUGUAACCAGCGAAAAAUUUUUAUCAAGUAAUGAUAAAAGAGGUUUUAUUUUGAACGAAUUACCGUUUAUCAUAGGUAACAGUGGAACAAUCAUAUUCGACAUUGUAUAUUUUUAUCAGCAUUACAUUCUUUAUAGAGAAACACAACAGCAACAGCAACAACGGAUUAAUUCAGAAUAUAUACUAGAUGAAUUCAAUAGUAAAGAUGCAUUGGAUACAGAUAGCAACCCAAGUACUAAAUAG